AUGGCGCGGAAACGCUCCACUGCUUCCACAUCCGCCCCAUAAAGUCUGUUGUUUACGCUGUCUCCUCGUUUUAUGUCCAUUGAGUACAAGUCUGUUCGCGUUCCGCUAUAACGUGUUCGACCUGUGGUCUUAUUACGCUAAACGUCUAUUUGUGGAGUCAUGAGUGUGUUGGAGGUGAAGUUUAUCGGGGACGGGGAUGUUCUGGAGCACAUCGUGGACAAGCAGGAGGAGGUGCAAAGCGGUGCUGGCACAAUUCAGAGGAUGGUCACGUGCAAGAGAUCGGUGGGACGGCGAGCCGGAGAGGAACCAGAAGGGAAGGAAGCGCUUGAAAGCAGCGUCCUUGAUGAGCAGAACUAUGUUCAAGCUUUUUGUGGGGACAGCACAGAAGAUGACGAUGGUAUGUCCAGAGUUGCAGGAGCAUCCAUUUUCACUUUUCAGAAAACCAAACGGGGCCGCAGCAUGGCGCAGACCGCCAGUGAGCUGGCACAGACCCCGGGGAAAAGUGUGAGCUUCAGCACAACUCCCAACAUCGAGCCCUCCACUCCCAAUCGGACAGGCCGCAACAAACAAAAACAAACACCCCAGCGGCGCAAAAGGGUGCAGUUUGUCUCCACGACGCCCCACAGGCUGAGGAAGAGAAUGCCAACACCCAGCCUCCGAUCAGACAGCGAGUAUUCACCCUCCGACUCUGGGGACGAAGAGGAUGAGGAUGACGUCGCGGUGGACGAAGAACAGAAAGUAAAGAAAGACGGCGGAAAGAACGAGACCCCAAGAACACCGAGUAAAGGUUUAUCCGCAGCGCUCUACAAGACCCCCGCCAAAAAGAGCAAGAACGCUCAUGAACCUGCCAACCAGCCCACCUUGGUCGAGGAGUAUUUUGAGGCCCAUGGCAGCUCCAAAGUCUUAACGUCAGACCGCACGCUUGAUCGUUUACACGCCCCUAAAUUGGACAGGGAAACCCUUAUUCAGCUUUUAGAAGGAAAACCACCCUGCUGCGCUAGAGAGAUGCACAACCUCAACAACAAACACAAAAAGCACUUUAGCAAAUGGAUGCUACAGUUACAGUUGGGAUUUAGUGUCCUGCUCUACGGUUUGGGCAGCAAGAAAGAUCUGCUGGAGGAAUUUCGUUUUUCUCACUUGUCUCAAGAGAUUCACCUGGUGGUUAAUGGCUUCUUCCCCUCCAUCACACUGAAAUCGAUCUUGAACACUUUAACAUGUGAGGUUCUUGAGCACCACGGGAGUUUCCGAACACCCUGUGACCAGAUCCAGUACAUCUCCCAAACCCUUAAAGACAGACCAACUCUUCAUGUCUAUGUGUUGAUCAAUAAUAUUGAUGGACCGAUGCUGCGAGGAGAGAAGACCCAGAGUGCCCUGGGGCAGCUGGCAUCCCUGCCCAACCUUCACUUGGUGGCAACUAUUGACCACAUUAACGCUCCUCUUGUGUGGGACCAGUUUAAACAGAGCCAGUUUAACUGGUUGUGGUGGGAAUGUGUGACAUUUAAGCACUACACAGAGGAGACAUCGUAUGAAAACUCUCUGCUGGUGCAACAAACGGCGGCUCUGGCUCUGUCUUCCCUUACACACGUUCUCCGCAGCUUGACCCCAAAUGCACGAGGAAUUUUCAAACUGCUGGUGAAAUUUCAGCUGGAAAACAAAGACAAUCCUUCAUACACAGGAUUGUCAUUCCACGAUUUUUACCAGCGUUGUCGCGAGUCGUUCUUGGUGAACUCUGACCUCACUCUGAGGACUCAACUGACCGAGUUCAGAGACCACAAACUGAUCCGGACACGCAAGGUAAAGUCCGAAAGUGUAUCAAGAGACAGCAGUUUUUGCGCCAUCUACAGAAAUAAAGCCGCCUCGUACGCUUCUUUCAUUAAUGACAACUUAGUCGCUUUUGCCAUGUUGGACUGAGCAGCCAGGUAAUAGUCACACUGUCGUUGCUACGCUACUAUUCUGUAAUUAAGUUCCAUUUCUAGUUGUUUGUCAUCACACUUUUCCUCUUUGCCGUCACUGGUAUCAUUCUGUGAUGGCAUCAAUACAAGGUAUCGCAACACAAAAAGGCCAAUAAGUUGUGCACUUACUCCUUUAGAUGCUCACUGAGCGAAAAUUGCGCAUUGUGGUGUCAGUUUGAAUUCCGUUUUGUGACUUUAGUAUUUUUUUCCCCUUGUACUUUCAAAGAAAAUUGGGAUCAAAUUCCAAAUGAUGAUUCUUAAAAAAAAUAAUUUUAGUAUUCAAAUUUAGAGCUUCCACUGUAUUUGCCCACUAUUUUUCUAUUUUCAUUGAAGAGGCAAGCAAGUCAUGUUAACAGCUAUUUAUUUGAUU